AGCGCGGGGCCGGCAGCGGCGGAGCACGGAUCCCGGCGGGGAAGCUUCGGCAGCCGCGGAAGAACCAGAAGCUGGGGAGCAACAUGAGGAGAAUGGAGGAUUGGUCGUAGACCUCGAGGGAAAGCCGCAGUAGCUCCCGACCAGCAGCUGGAUGAUGGCCUCUUUGGCCCCGUUGGCUACAAGCCCUGGCCUCGAAGAACUGACCCUGGAGCCCGCCCACCUGCGUCCAGAGCUCCUGGAUGCCUGUGCUGACCUCAUCAACCAGGAGUGGCCCCGGAGUCGAGCCUCACGCCUGCACUCCCUGGGACAGUCCUCGGAUGCCUUUCCCCUAUGCCUGGCCCUGCUGGGGCCACCUCCUGCCCCUGGAGCCUUGCCCAUGGUCCUGGGCCAUUCCCGCCUCUCCAGAGUCGUUGCCCAUGAUCACAGCCUAUUGGUUGAAACGGUGGUUGUGGCCCGGGCCCUUCGUGGUCAGGGGUUUGGCCGACGCCUCAUGGAGGCCACCGAGGCCUUUGCCAAGGCCCGGGGCUUUCGUCGGCUGCACCUGACCACCCACGACAAGCAGCAUUUCUAUGCCCACCUGGGCUAUGAGCUUGGGGAGCCAGUGCAAGGCAUCACCUUCCGUAGCUCAUUGUCUGCUGCUAUCCUCCAGGCCUUCGCCCAGCCUGCCAACCUCCCAGAACCUAAAGCCCCCAGCCCCUGCAGGGAGACUGUGGGGGCCCCCUCUACUUCUGACUCCCACGCUAGGCCCCAUCUGCCCCCUGCACCACCACCCCCUCCUCCUUUACCUGCUCCCCUUCUCAGCUCUCCAGCACUCUCCCCCAUAGACUCCCCCGAGCAGAGCCUUGUGGAAACCCCAUACAGGGACAUCCGGGGCCGCCCCAUAUUUUGGAUGACAAAGGAGAUCUGAUGGGGAUGACUUAAGGGCCUUUCAGCUGAGGACAGAAGGAAGGCCAGAGUGCAGGGGAGUAUUGUAAAGACUGAUCUGGGGAUCCCUGAGAAGUCUGCCCUGAAAUCUCCAGUGCCUGAAGCCUGCUUUCUUGGGGGUACUGACAACCCAGCUGUCAGUGCUGCUCCCCCCGGUGAAGGCAGAAGAUGGGAUAUCAGCCAGCCCCAGUCCAUUUUUCUUUGGCAUUUCUUUUUUGGGGAAGGAGAAGAACUAGGGGGUGCCAAUCUCAGAGUGCCAAAAACCCACCCAGCAGAGAAAGUGAAGGCUGAGAGGUCACCAGAGGUCUGUAGCACACUUUAAGGUUUACACAACACCUCCCCACAAUGCUCCUGUGAGGGAGGUUCUGCACAUUUGUAUUACUGUCCUCAUUGCUUAAGGGGGAAACUGGGUCCUAGAGUGGCAAAGCUGGGAUUCCAUCCCAGCUUCUCUUUCCCAAUCCCAGCUUUCUGCGAUACCUCAGACACUGUGCCAGUUGUCUUGCAGAUUCUGAACUCAGUGAUUGUGUUGUAUCUGAACUGUGGACAGAAGUCUCUGUAUGCAGUAGUAGGUGCUCAAUAAGUGUUCAUUAUUACAUUGUUCAGCAGCAUGACUGUGUGUGAACAGCAGCAAAUAAAGCAGCCCCAUCAUGGGGACCACAUGGC